AUGAAAUUGGUUGUUCUACUGCUCUUAGCUUUAGGAUUUGUUCACGGAGGGGAAUUCGAUUUCACUGUAGAAGUUCCAGCUGGAAAAUUCGAAUGUUUCUUCCAAUCAGUGGAUAUUGCGAAGCAUAAAACAUUGGAAGUUGAUUAUCAGGUGAGUUGUUAUGUUGUUUGAUAUCAAAAUAAUCAGAAAAUCUAUAGGUAAUCGAUGGUGGAGAUUUGAAUAUCAAUUUCAUGCUGAUUCACGGAGCAAAUGUGCUCCAACAAGAUCAAUUGAAGACCGACGGAUCGCAUCGAAUUGAUUUGACAGAAGGCGGUGAUUAUCAAGUGUGCUUUGAUAAUUCAUUCAGUUAUCAGACGAGAAAAGUGGUCUUUUUCGAGAUUUUCCUUUUUGAUGCUAAUGGCAAUUUGGAUGAAUCAGAUUUGAGUUCACUGGCUAGACAGGAUGCCGAAUUGUCGAUUCGAAUGAAUGAUUUGGGAGUUACUAUUGAUGAGUUUCAUCGAAGAGCGAAUGGAAUCAAGAAUAAUUUGAAUAAGGUUGAAUAUCAUCAGGUAAGAUUGAUUUUCUGGCAAUUUUUUAUUACGAUAGAAUCCCCUAAAGUAUUUUGGUUUCAUUCCAAAUUUUAUCACUGCGUAAACACGGAGGAUCGUUGUUUCUCCACAUUUUGUUCGAGUUCGAAAAAUUCCUAAAAAUAAAUUUUUUUAAACUGCCACGUCAUUUAGUUCACGUCAAAAAAAAAAAAAAAUUGGAAUUUUCCGAUUUUUAAAAAUGAUAUUUGGUUUUUUUUUUCAAAAUUUCUAAGUUAAAGGUCCGGGGUUCGAUCCCCAGUCCCCACAAACUUUUUUUUUCAAUUUCCAGGCCCUUCUUCGCGCACACGAAGCUCGAGACCGCGCAAUAAUGUCAGCCAACUUCGAUCGCGUCACAUUCUGGAGUCUUCUUCACACAUUGGUUCUCCUUGGCGUCGCCGCAAUUCAAGUCUUCAUGAUUCGUCAACUUUUCGAAGAGAACUCGAAAAUCGGAAGGGUUUUGAGAAAGGGAAAAUUCGACUAA